ACCGUGGGAGCGCUGUAAUUGGUGGCCGUAAAAGAGAAAGGAAGUAUUCAGUUCACUCUGAGGUUUCAUUGGGGGAGAAAGUUAAAGAUAAUUUAGCGCAGUUUUUGUUCUCGAGUAGUUUUCUUUUUAUCGCCACAAAAAAAUCACGACUCUUUGACAAUGGCUUUUAACAAAGGUCCUGCCUACGGAUUAUCCGCGGAAGUCAAAAACAAGAUUGCACAGAAGUAUGACCCUCAGAAAGAGGAGGAGCUGAGGAUUUGGAUCGAAGAAAUCACUGGCUCUUCCAUAGGCCCUGACUUUCAGAAAGGCCUGAAGAAUGGAGUCAUUCUGUGCGAACUUAUCAACAAACUACAACCAGGCUCAGUGAAAAAGAUCAACAAGUCGGCACUGAACUGGCACCAGCUGGAGAACCUGACCAACUUCAUCAAAGCCAUCACAGAGUACGGCCUGAAGCCUCAUGACAUCUUUGAAGCCAAUGACCUGUUUGAGAGCGGCAACAUGACCCAGGUUCAGACAACGCUGCUCGCUCUGGCUGGCAUGGCCAAGACCAAGGGCUGCCAGUCGCGGAUGGACAUCGGGGUGAAGUAUGCCGACAAGCAGGAGAGGAUGUUUGAUGAGGAGAAGAUGAAGGCUGGACAUUGCGUCAUCGGCCUGCAGAUGGGGACCAACAAGUGUGCCAGUCAGGCAGGUAUGAAUGCAUAUGGCACCAGGAGGCAUUUAUAUGACCCUAAAGUUCAAAUCCAGCCCCCAAUGGACAACACAACCAUCGGUCUGCAAAUGGGAACCAACAGGGGGGCAAGCCAGGCUGGGAUGACUGCUCCAGGGACAAGACGUGCCAUUUAUGACCAAAAGCUGGGCACAGACAAGUGCGACAACAGUACCAUGUCCCUCCAGAUGGGAUACGCCCAUGGAGCCAACCAAAGUGGCCAAAACUUUGGCCUGGGGCGCCAGAUCUACGACGCUAAGUACUGCCCUAAAGGUGGAGAGGUUGGAAAUGAUCAGAGUGGGGCAGGCGGUGCCCAAGACUUCAUCCCAGAUUACCAAGAUGAGGGUUACCAGGGUUACCAGGAAGAAGAGCACGGGUACCAUGACAGGACAGAUUACUAGGAAGAAGAAUGUUCUGCAAGAAUACAUCAUGGCAGGGGGGUUAUUUUUAUAUCCAGAGUAUGUGGUACUUUUUUUUUUUUUUUAGGCCACAUUCUUUUAGUAUUGUAUAAAAUGUUCUUACCCCUACUUGUGCAAAACCAAUGUUACACAUUACAAUGAACUAUAUUUGUGACUUAAAAAAAAACAAACAUUUAAAGU